AUGGGAAAGCGUAGCAAGAGAAUCGCAAGAAGAUGUCGUGAAUCGUUGUCGUACUUCAGCCUGAGCUGCGAUGAUAAAAAGCAAGAGAGGACGUUCAUCAAGAAUAUGAGUCGCCGACUACUCGCUUAUGAGACCGAUCAAGUACUUGAUCCAUUGACUUCACAGGAAAGAGACCGACAAAGUUUCCGCAAGUGCGCUCUGCACCAAUGGGAAGCUGAUAGUGAAGCCAACAGUGCGGAUGUCGUCGCCGUUCUGGUGGCGAUGAUGAUGGUUGUCGAUGCCACGGGGUUGGCGCUCAUCCCUUGGGAUCGGCUAUCAGUUCUCAUCGUAGUGGGCGUUACUUGGUUCUUUAAGUUCUUCAUAGUA